AUGACAAAUCAAUUGAUCAGAUCAGUUAACCAACUCAAGAAAAGACCAGAUUAUGUGAAAUCGAUAUGUCAGUUAUAUAAAGAGUUACUUCGCAAAAGUUUAAAAUUGAAAAAUCUGCCCUCAUUACCUAAAAAUAAUAUUAUUGCAUUGACUUUGAAAGUUGGCUUAUAUGAAAAAUUUACCAAACGAUAUACAAAUCCUGAAAAAAUUAGCGAAGUGUUACUAAAUGGUAUACGGUUGAAUAAUAUAUUGGAAGAAGCGUUAAGAACAAAGAAAUGGCUGGCAUUGCAAGAAUUUAUUGAUCAAGAACAGAAUGAAAAUUGGCUAUUGCAACAAAGAAGAAGUUCAUUUUUAAAACAUUCAAAAGAACUACAAGAGAAAAAUAUAAACAAUCUCCGUGGUAAAGAAAAGACUUUAGCAAUGUCAAGAAGGAGGAAGAAAAAGAUUUCAGUGUCACCACCAAAAGAUCGACAUGAAGUUUCGGAUUAUGUUAAGAAAGGUUUUGAAAAAGCCCAAAUGGAUGGUCAAUCAUUAAUUCUAAGAUACUUGAAUCAGUUGCAAUAUGAUGGAAAAAUUCCUAAUCCUCAUUUGUUACCAUACACUGAAGAAACAUUUACAGCAGCUGGAGAUAAUUAUAAUCAGAAACAUAUAAUAAAUGGAGCCUCCCAAAAAAUAAUAAAUGAAGCAUUUGAUCAAGAAUAUAUAGAGUCAAUCUUAAUACCAAAUUUAGAAUUUGAAUUAAAUAAUUUGGAAAUUGAAAGACUUUUGAAAAUUUUAAAUGAAAAAGGACCAUACCAAGCAACAGCCAAACAGACAUCAGCAGGAGUAGUAACUAUGCCAUUUAUAGAAACACCAACUCAUGAUUUUAUACAUAGACCUAAACUUGCAAAGUUGAUUAAACAACAAGUUUUAUGGUAUAGGAUUCGUAAAAUCUGGGAAUCAAGUAGUAAUUUGAAAGAAGAAAAUAGACAAAAAAAUGGAGGAUACCCAGUAAAGGGAUCAAGAGGGUUUGGAGUUGAUGAGAUUAUAAAACCAAGAUCGUUUUAUCAGGAAUUAGCUGAAGGUGAAGAAUUGUUUGAAUUAUUUACGGAAAUUGAAAGAAGAAAAAUAAAAAAUUUAAAUGAUGAUACUGAAAUUGAUUUUAAAAAAUUUGAUUGGUGUAGUGAUUUAGAUUUUGUUUCUGAAUAUAUUGACAAAAAAUUAGAAGGUUAUUUGAAUGAAGGUAAAUCAAUGAACUUAUUGCAAUUACAAACUAAGUUACAAAACAAAUUCAACAAGAAAUAUGAUUCAAAAGUUGAAAGAUUUAAAAAGCUUUUAAAACAGUUGAAAGAGGAUCGUGUUUUCAAGCAUAGUGAGAUUGUUUCAUUACCUGUUACCACUCCAUUGAGAAGCAAUUUACCGAAAAUUGAUAAAUUUCCAAUUGAAGAUCGAAUCGGACGUGGUAAAAAAGUUAGUGACUAUUUAAAAUCUAACAAGUUUAAACAUUUUGAAUUUGGUAAUCAAUUAACGAAGAGAAUUAACGAGAUCAUGACCAUUGUUGCCAAAAAAUACUAA